ACACAACCAUUUCCUCAAGCUUCAAUUUCCUCCCACACUCUUUCCUAGCAUCUCACUUGCACCUCAGCUCACCGUACUCGAGUUUCUGCCCCGUACCCGCCGCGAUGUUGACGCUUCCUGUCGCCUCCGUCGAAACCUGCGCGUCCUUCGCCACCUCUCUCAUCACCAACGCUCGUAGCACCGCUGCUCGUCGUCUCGGCUCGGCCAGUUUCCUCGGCGGUCAUAAGGGUCUGCUCGCAGCUGCUGUCGUGCCAGUAGCUUCCGUCCCGUCCUCCAGGCCGGUCACCACGGAAUCGCUCUUCUCCUUCGCCGGGUGGGGCAAGCCGACAGCGCCGAUGGCGGCGGCAGGCGUGGCAGCGGAGCCCGACACGGACAACCCCGGCGCGGGGCUGCAGUUCGCCGAGUUCGGCGCGGGGUGCUUCUGGGGCGUGGAGCUCGCCUUCCAGCGGGUCCCCGGUGUCGUCAAGACUGAGGUGGGAUACACGCAAGGCGCCAUUGACAAGCCGACGUACGAGCAGGUGUGCUCUGGGCGCACGGGCCACGUGGAGGCCGUGAGAGUAGUGUACGAUCCCACUGAGGUGUCCUUCGAGGGCCUGCUGGACGUGUUUUGGAACAGGCACAACCCGACCACCCUCAACCGCCAGGGCGGCGAUGUCGGCACACAGUACCGCUCGGGCAUCUAUGUCUUCUCCCCAGAGCAAGAGGAGAUUGCCAGGAAAUCUCUGGAGGCCAGGGAGGCUCUGAUUGGCCAGAAGAUUGUGACUGAGAUUCUGCCUGCCAAGAAGUGGUACCCUGCAGAGAGCUACCAUCAACAGUAUCUUUCCAAGGGUGGGAGGUUUGGCAUGGGGCAAUCAGCUGCCAAGGGCUGCACCGAUCCCAUCAGGUGCUAUGGUUAAGUUACAGGUGUAUUGCAGCUGUAAUUUGUCUGUGUAUGAUAUAUUGAAUCUUUCUGAAGUAAAUUUCACUUUUGAAUGCAAAUUUUGAAGCCGAAGAGUU